UUCAGGCUUUGUUUUCCUGCCGGAACCCUUAUGCUCAUGCCCACAUUUGCAAGACGGAAGUAUUUUCACGACGGACAAGCAUGAAUACACGAGCUGCGGGACGUCAGGCUGUUCAGUGGAUCCUGAGAAUUGCCACCUCCCCCGUACGCAGCUCAGUCCAGCCUGGCAGACGUCAUGUGUGGCUCCUGCAGCCGCCCUCCACGGCGUGCAGGCUCCUCUGCUCCUCCACCGGCCAGAGCCCCCUGCAGUCAGCGCCGCACAACCACAAACCUGCAGCCUUCCCCAGGCAGCCGGUCACUGAGCUCUCCCGCUGCGCUCUACUCGACAUGGGCUUCACCGACAUCCAGGCAGAGGAGGUGUACGAGACCGUGUCCAAAGCCAAAGGAGCGAAUGCUUCGAAACACGCCCUCUCCACGCUCACAGCUCUGUUCGUCCUCGGCCUCAACCCCUCCACCGUGCUCAAGAUGCUGCAGAAAAGUCCUGAGCUUUACGGUGUGAAGGACUCGCAGCUCCACCAGCGGAUUGGCAACCUGCGGAAACUGGGUCUAGUGGAAGGCAGUCUGCAGAGAGUGGUGGUCCAUCACCCUCAGAUCCUGACCAUGCCUGUGAAGAGAAUCAAAAAUGUGGUGAUCUUUCUCAGAGAGAAGUGUAUGUUCACCGGCCAGCAGGUCACAGACAUCCUCCGGGACAGUCCAGCCGUAGUGGAGGAGAACCCGGCUCAGCUGGAGUACAAGUUCCAGUACGUCUACUUUCGCAUGGGUGUCAAACAGGCCGAGAUGGUGAAGUCCAGGCUGUUCCGCUUCACUCUGGACGAGGUGCGCUCCAGACACUGUUUCCUGGAGCGCAGGGGCCAGUACCAAACCCCGGACAAGAAAGGGCAGACGAUAAUCAUCAACCCCAAACUCAACGACAUCCUCUGCGCGGACCAGGCAGCCUACCUCACAGACAUUGCCAAGGCGUCGGCAGAAGAGUAUGAUGUGUUUCAGAAACUGAUGGUGAGAGAAUGGAAGGAGGAGGACCAGCGGCAGAGUUACACCGAGGAUGACAGUGAUGAUGAUGAGGAGGAGGGAGAGGAGCAUAAUGAAGAAGAUGAGGAGACCGGAGGGAGGAGUGGAUACAUGAAGAGGAGAAAGAAAUGAGAGUGAGGGAUGGACUGGGAGAAGAACAUUUACAGUUAUUAUCCUGGCAAACAGAUCCAGUGUUGUCUUUUGUCAAGCUGUGUCAUUGGCAGCGUGUGCCCAGUUCAAACAGUAAACAAAUGUGGUGGUUACUCCCGCCUGUUUUUUUUUUCCCUCUCUCCUGAUCUCCUUGAUCCUCCUGGCCACACGCCCUUGUUAUCCAUCACAAUAGCAGGUUAAAUGAACAGUGACGGAUAACUGCAUAUUGCAUCAUUAUUAUCAUGGCCUCAUCAGGAUACUAGAUGUGACAGUGUCAGCUGGGUGAUAAGUAGCACACAUUGUAUUCAUAAAUUACAACGUGCUGUUGUCAGAAGCUUAAUUGCCUUUAAUAUAAUAGUUGAUGGAACGGGAAAAAAUGCAGUGGAAAAAGUGAGCCUAAUCUGUUUGAGCGAGUUUUUUUUAAUGGUUUUAAUAAAUCUGAUUUGAAACUUA